AUGCUACACAUGCAGGCUGUACAUCAACCAGCUGUUGGAGUUCAUGUUGUAGAUGCAGCUUUCUUAGGUUUCAGUAUUGUGCCACACCCAGACUGGGUGUUGCAAGUGGAGAUCGAGUAUGAUGUUACUGUUCACAUCUAUAGUCAGGACAACCGCAAAGUCUUUAUUACUGACAAUAUUCACAUUGAUACAUCAUUUGAUCCAUCGUACUUCCAAGUUCUGUGGUCUUCAACUAAUGGCUCCUUCCAUCAUGUGCGAACUCUACAGAAAGGCAAGACCUUGUUGACAGCCACGUACACAAGCAUCAAGAUUCUUGGCACAGACGUCGUCCAUACCUUUGACCAUCCCAUCUCAGGACAACAAGAAGCAGAUAUUUUUGACCCCGUAGUUGUUAACCCUGAGAUAAUAGUUUUCCCAUGGUACCCACCAGUGAAACAGAAUGUGGCCAGCAACACUCAGUUUCAAUAUUUAUUGGAGCCAUCUGGAGGAAGUGGAACGUAUGUUUGGUCAUCAUCCAACACCUCUGUGGCCACUGUAAGCACCAAAGGUGUUGUCAUCACAACUAAUGCAGUAGGACACACCCAGGCUCGUGCAGCAGACACCAAGAAUCUGGCUAUUUUUGGAACAGCAGAGGUUUAUGUCCUUCCACCAAGAAAGAUGGAGUUUAUUCCUUCUGUUGUUGAAGCUCAAGUUGGUAAUUCUUUGUCACUUCCAUUGGCUGUAGCAACUUGCAUUUACACAGAAUGCCAAGAGUUCCAUGUAUUCACUGAUUGUCGCACUCUCCCUGUGACAUACACAUUUUCUGAUCCAUCAGUUUUCAAGCUAGUUGAAGAGAACAGAGACUAUGAGAUGACUGCUGGAAGUUGUAUGUCUGUGAAGCUUCUCGCCCUUCGUUCUGGCUUCACGACACUGACUGUGAUGUACCAGUACAAAGACAUAAUUCUACGUUCUGCAGUGACUGUUGGUGCAUAUCACCCACUUAAGGUUCUUGAUCCAGUGGAUGUUGGUGUGGUGUCUUUGUGUUCAGCAAAGAACCUCUUGUUAGAAGGCGGACCUCUUCCCUGGAUUGUGGAUACUUCUGGAUAUUAUGAAAAAGUGAUUCCAGAGCUAGAGGAUCAUGUUUCUAUUGGGUAUUAUCAUACAUCGGAUUAUUUAGUUGAUAACAGUGGGUCAUAUCAUUAUUUUAAUGUAAUAUGUCUGAAGCAAGGUGAACAGGUUCUUACAGUGAAGAUUGGAAACAAACCAUCUGCAAAGAAUCCAUAUCCAGCAAGCUCCUCUGUAGAAAUCAGAUUUGCAUGUAUGAACCCUACAUCUCUGACAAUUGUUCCCGACAUAAAACUUCCAACAGUGGAUGGGCGUCAGCUGUCUCCGGAAAAUUGUGUGAGCUCAAACAAAGAGAUCCAUGUUCGUAACAAUCAACAGUUAAACCUUGCUGUCCACCUUCGCGACUCCUCUGGGCGGUUAUUUGACAACUUUACGUCACUGACUGUAGCGUGGUCGACGAGUGAUCGUACUUUGGCAGAAUUUGUUGACGUGACAAGUUCUGUUAAGAUGAUGUUUGUCAAAUACAAGGACGAUGAAAACCUCAGAAGAGCAAUAUCAUAUCAAACUGUCAGUUUGAGUAACAAGAUGGGUGGAGUUGUUAUUGAGGCUGCCAUUCAAGGCUACGAGUGCAACAUUCUAAGAUGGUGUGGAAGGGAACUAAAGGAGCCAAUUAAGUUUAAUUUGCAAGGGCAUCUGAAAUUGCUGCUUGUUCCUGAAAGGCAACUUGUUCCACCAGAGGCUUCAAUACUAAAUCAUCCCGAGAAUCAAGCUGUUUUCCAGAUUAAGGGAGGCUCGGGUCACUUUGCUGUGAAAGGAAGUAGCAGUGCUAUUGCAAAAGUCAAUUACCAGGGGAAAACUGACAUAGUGGUUAUUCCAAGAUCUGAGGGUCUUUUCACUGUAAUGGUGCAUGAUCUCUGUUUGGAUUCCACCGGGCCAGCUGUUGUCAAUGUUCAAGUUUCUGAUGUGUACGGUGUGGAUGUUGUUGUUGUUAACAAGAUUGAGCUGUACGCAUCAGAGACCCUGAGGCUCAAAUUGCUGGAUAUGUUUGGAGUGCCACUGUUGUUCAGAAAUCUUGAAUUUCUCACGUUGAUGCCACAUUUUACUCCAGACAUAUUAAACGUCAGGCGAGACUUUGAGCUUGAAGAUAAGAGAAAAAUCAACCAAGACACUGCAUAUUUCACAGUCAGAGGACUGUCUCUUGGUACUGCAAGCCUCACAUUCACAGCAUCCACAACAGGGAGAGGAAAAGCGACCAGUGAACCAAAGGAUAUUCAGGUCUUUGCACCCCUAAGGCUGGACCCAAGAGUGGUGGUGCUGAUUCGUGGGGCUUCAUUUCAGGUUCGAAGCUCGGGUGGGCCCAGUCCCCAGGCAGCAACGAUCUUCAGCAUCGCCAACCACACAGUGGCAACUGUCAGCAGCGUGGGUCUAGUGGAAGCGCGGCAGCUGGGAACAACAAACCUGACUGGGUUUGUACAAACAGCUGACCCAAUCAAGGGACAGACAGUGUUGCAUUCCAAGGUACACGUCAUCCUACACAACCAUUCGAUCAAUGUCGCCUCUACUAAUCUUGUCACAGGAACUAAGAUCAGCAUGUAUGCAACUGGUUUAAACGAUGAGACGCCGUUUACUUUUGCCAAUGCUGUACCUGGUUUAAAGUUCUUCUGGACCUCGACUAACCCUGAUGUUUGCCAAGUCAAGUCUGUAUACGUUCUGAGUGGGGUGGCCGUGGAAAGCGAGAAUGAUUUCCGUGUUGAUCUGCACUGUGUUAACCCCGGACAAACGACUGUACGACUCAGGGUGGCGAUAACUGACCACAGGUAUCAACAGGCUCAUGAGGACGCCCUGUUACAAGAUGAGGUCACAUUUGAGGUGUAUGAAAGACUUCAUUUGACCUUCCCUGCCGAUGGCUUUUUACUUCUUCCUCACAAUGUACACACCAAAAUUAAGACAAACAGGGAUGGUUCGGCAAGGAUAACUUACGAGUUGAUAACAGACUGUUCUAAGCACAACAUGGCUUCUAGCGGUGGUGCUGUAGCCAGUAUCGGUAGAAAUGGUCAGGUGUCCACCACAUCUCUGUCUGGGACAGCUGUGGUGUUGGUGACUGUCCAUGAAGAGUUCGGCAUCAAUCAAACUACGGUGGUCCAUGUGGAGGUCAAGGCUGUUUCAUCAAUCAUUAUCAAUUGUGAGUCUCCCGUGAGAGCAAACUCUGAGAAGCUGCAUACAUUUCCCUUGGGAAUGAAUGUGCUGUUCGCUGUGACAUUACAUGACAAUAUCGGGCGAAGAUUUGCUGUUGCCAGUAUUCCGCUCAAAUACAGGCUUAACAGGUUGGAUAUAAUAUUUUAUUGUAUAUGUUUUACUCAAGUGUGGGAUCCGAGCUCUGUCAAUAUAGCAGACUACAUCCGCAUACGAGUUAGUCAUGGAUUGACUCCAAUCAAAGCGACGCUAUUGUCAGGGAUGGUCGAACAGUUUAGUACAAGUGUUAUAUCGGAAGGUAUAGGAGGUGUGUGGUCAUCAUCUAACGACAAAGUUGUCAGCAUUAACUCCACGACUGGCAUGGCUGUGGCAACAGCCGCAGGAACAGCUACUAUUUACUACAAGAUACCUCAGUUGUACUCAGCGCAGACUGAAGUCAAAGUGGAAAGUCUAAGUAACAUUCAUGUCUCGAGAGAUGACGCCCAGGUCAUCACCAAUAUCCCGCGAGUGGAUGGGCGUGGUUAUGUCAUCCCUGUUAACUUUAGACACGAUCAUAUGUCACAGGAACAAACCACCAAAGCAUCUGGCCUUCUUGAUGGAAUUCUCCUGUUUGAAGAACUAGGUUUCAAGCAGACGACACCUUUCCAGUGUAUUCUGAACCUUAGUUAUGACCCGUAUGGGAAUGUCCACACCGAAGAUUUGUUUGAGGUGAAGCCUGGGUUUGUCAGUGGACAACCAAUAUGUUAUGUGGUGCCAAAGAGUACUAACGACGAUGUUAUCCAGUCUACAAGUUCUAUUGCUGCUCAGCUGAGUCUUACUGUCAGAGUUUUUGAUGAGAUUCAAGGUCGCAGCGUAUCCUCGGAGUCAGUAAUCCUGCACUUUGUUCCAGCAUUUGUGUUGAGUGAAAAAGAACUGCAACUUUCUGCCGACAAACGGAGAGCGCAAGUUUUUAUCAUGGCUAGUGUUGAACAACUGGACAACCUUGAGGUAAGAUCUCAAGAUUCGUCCUUGGUCGAUUUUACGGCGUUGUUAAGUUCAGAUGAUAAGCAGGCCGAAUACGAGAUAGAAGUGGUAGGGAAAAAUCCCAGGUCGUUCAAGAAAGUCUGGGUGGAGUUCAAAAGCUUGCUUACCGGCCAGAAAGGUUUAGUGUACGUUUCUUACACAGCACCAUCUGGUGGUGCAGUUCCCGUGGUGUUACCAGGAGCAAUUCCAAGCAGUGAGCAGUGUCCAACAGUCGCAGCUGGCAAAACAGAGAGAAGCUUCCAAGGAUUUCUCUUCGCUUUACUUGGAGAGACAAGUGCUUGGAUAAUCGGUCUUUCAUUAUUUGUUGGGUUUAUUAUUCUUGUACUAAUCUUAUGCUGCAGUCCACGUGGCAGGGGUGCCAGUAGUGUAGCGGCCUCUCCCAGCCCUCUCGGAGGGACCCAUCAGCAUGGGAGCCCUUAUCCACAAGGUCCAUAUCCGGGUCCAUCUACAGCUACAUAUUCUGGGGGAAGGUCCACUAAUUUGGGCUCAACCACGGGCGCAUUUUCACCAGGGGUUGGGGUGUAUGGAUCUAAUGGCGGCGCAAACGACACAUCUCUUCGGUCCUUUCCAGAGGAGCACGAUGAAACACGCCGAGAAGUAUCAACAACAUACCGGCACACCAGAACUUCCGCUCGCACUUAUCUCUCCGACGAUAGUUCUCACGCCUCUGGGGCAUUGUCUAUAGGGCGGAUUUCACCGAACAAGUCACCCGGAUUGUUCAGUGUCCAUCAAUAACGUCAGAUGGACGUGAACGUCUAUGACAUCUUGAUAUUUAAUGUGCUGCUUUUGGAAUUCGCAAGAUGUGCACAGCACAAGGAGGAAUGGCGUAUUCCCCUGUCACUCGACGCAAACAUUAUGUCUCGAAGAUGCUGAGGUUAUUGUUCGAUGACAAUGUUUGUGUUCCUUUGUGUAAGGCAAACUGUACUUCUUUCUUGUCCUACGUCACUGUAAAAUAGGUUGUAAAAGAGGGCUAAAAAAAUUCAAUAUGAAAUAAGUUCAUGCAAAGGAAACUUAAGGGAAAAAAAUGGCACAGCGAGGUACUCUUGUAAAACGUUUGGUAGUCUUCUUUCAGAUAAUUUCCGAAGAAAGAGAACGACUCCCUGAGGACACAAAUCAUACGUGAAAAAUUAGGACGAUCAAAAUAAUGCGACUUAAAACUUGUUCUCCCCUCCUCCCGCUCAACUAUCAUUUGUCUGUUCCUAAUUUCGCUUUUCGAAAACAGGUAGCUUGCGAGCGACCGCCUUUACUAUACACCUUUAUCACGUAGCGCCAUCUUGAAUUGCGUGAAGCACCAAAUCGAGGCUGAACGUGCCUCGGUUUGAGCGUUUCUUCGUCCGCGGGAAAUCACGAGACCAUGAGCUACGCAAACCAGCGAGAAGUCUGUAAGGAGGCUCCACUCCUAAUAAACCACUCCCCGACUCAAAUCUUGCCGCGAGCGAAAAAAAAAAGCCACAGAGUUAAUGAUAGGGUAUAAGGGUCUGCUUCAAGGGUAGAGACCAGGUGAAUGAUGAAGGGUUCAACGAAGCAGGCAAAAUCUAUUUUAGUUUUAGGAAGAUGCGAGAAAUUUAGGAGAGUUCAAAGGUCAUUUACGAGAAAUGUGAUUGGUGAAUUGCCAGCAUCUAGAUUGUCACUUAUUGAAUUCAUUGUUUAGCCGAAAGGAUUGCCCAUAACUUAAACAAAUAAAGUAAGCAUGCAAUAAUCGAUACUAAGAAUAUGGGUUCAAUAAGGGCCUGAUAGAGGCGUUCGAGAAAUUAAUUAGACUCCUGAAAAUGCGUUCUGGAGGCAUUCGCGAAAUGAUUGAUGAAAACAUUGUUUCAGAACCUCUGAAUGUUCUACCUUAGAGUGGUUCAAGUGAUCUCUUGAGGUUCUCUAAGUAUUACAUGAAUAACAUGAUUUUCUAGUUUUCUUAUUAAAACUCGAACUUCCAAAUUGCCGCCUUAACCGUGUUUUGAUACAGUAUAGGUCUUGUGAAUGAUAUGUUAUAUUUAAAAUAGCGUGUUAUUUGUGUCGUGGAGAUAAUUAUUUUGAUGCGUCGUGUAUUUAUUGAGUUUAAACUUUAUCUCUGCGAUCUCUUACCAAAUAAAGGUCUUUAUUUCUUUUAA